CUCUCUCUUCGUCAGAGUUAAUCUUGAGCUGGCGAGCCCGUAGAAGCUCAAGGGUGGAGCAGAGUUUGAGUUUCCGAAAGUUGUAAAAAAAACCCAGCUGAGGCUACCAGAGAGCUCCUCAGGUUCUCAAGUCUCGUUGGCGAUGGCCAUUGCUCGAUUGACUUCCCCCUACUCCAUUACAUCGACCUUACCUUUUCAAACCAGAACCAAUCAACGUUUCUUGUCUUCAUCCUCUUAUUCUCUUCGCUUUCCUUAUCCAACUUUCUCAUGCUUCCUCGCCGUAUCUUCUCCCUUUUCCAUGUCUGGCUCACAUGAAGCGUUUGCUUCUGUGCUGAACCCAACUGGUAAAACUAGGUCUCCCGGAGUCCAGGCCGUUGUUGACGAAGAAGCCGUGGCCGCACUUACGCCGUUAAUGGAGGAGAACAACGAGGAUAGUUCGUCCACGGAUUCGAAGGUUAGAGUCAGGCCUUGUCAACUUUACGUCUGUAAUCUUCCCAGGAGCUGUGACAUUUCAGACCUUCUGGAUAUGUUUAAGCCUUACGGAACUGUUCAAUCGGUAGAGGUUUCGCGGAAUGUUGAGACAGGGAUAAGCCGAGGAUGCGGUCAUGUCACAAUGAGUAGUAUCAAUGAGGCUAAAGCUGCAAUUUCUGUUUUGGAUGGAUCUGAUGUUGGUGGGCGUGAAAUGCGGGUUCUGCUUUCAGUAGAUACGAAUUCUGGGGGGAAGAACCUUGUGGCUUUGAAUUCUGUGGCUAGGAGGAAUAUUAUCUUUGAAAGCCCUUAUAAGAUUUAUGUUGGCAAUCUUGCCUGGUCAGUGAAGCCCGAAGAUUUGAGAGAGCAUUUUAGCCAAUUUGGAACUGUGCUUAGUACAAGAUUGCUGUACGAUCGCAAAGCAGGGAGGAGACGGGUUUAUGGAUUUCUUUCUUUCUCUUCAGCUUUAGAACGUGACGCUGCCAUCUCUUCUAGUGGAAUGGAGUUUCAUGGUCGCACACUACUGGUCAGAGAAGGCCUCAGAAGGAGUGAGUCGUGAUCCUCAUGGUCUUGAGUUGUAUGUUUCCCUAUGAGAUAAUUUUGUCUAAUAUUCAGAAAAUGGAGAAGUAACUUGGUGCAUUCUCAUGGAAUUGAUCUGCAUUAGCUAACAAGCAGGUAUCUCAUGCUUAAGUUCUCCAGAUUUUACAUUCUUCUAAACAGUCAUGGCUUUAGCCUUUAUGCAUGAAUGCCUAGGCCCUGUUGGCUGAUGGGUUCUUCCAAUACAUUGUUUCUUAGUUUGUUUAGGGCUUGGUUUUGUAACCUAGGCGCCUUCUUGAGAGUUUCUGAAUGAGAAUAUUACUG